GACUUCGAAGGUCGGCGCGCCUAUUGGUGUGACUAGGACACUACAGUUUUUUUUGGUAUUGAGUACUACGUUGUGUGAGAGAUAUAAGGAAGUACUCCUUAUUAUCGCUGGUUGGUUUUGUUGUUGCCAGAUGUAAUCAAACUGUGUGUGGUCAUCAAAUAAUAGCCGGAUUUUCCCCUUUGUUCUCUUGGGGAAUACUGUACGUACAUUUUAGCACAUUGCCUGACAACUCAUCUUGCCUACGACUAAAAUAUACACAGGAGGUUUUGUGAUGAAACACCACCUUCAGUGUUUAUGGAACAAAGUUGAAAAUGCUCCUGUCAUUGUUAAUACAGAUGUUGUACGAACAGUAUACAGAUUCAAUCAACCUGCAUGUUCCCUUGGAAAUUGUCAAACGACAUGUAAAUACUUAUCUCCUUGCCUAAAUGGUUUACUCAAAACAAAUGUACUGAACGAAGAAACAUGCGACAAAACUGAAUCAGAGUCUUCUGCUGAAAAGUUAUUGACGCAUAGCCGCAAUGGUUUGAAGAAUUAUGGGAGUACGUGUUACUUAAAUGCAUUCUUACAGCUUUAUUUUCGGUUCAAAGAACUUCGAAAAGCAAUAUAUGAUAUUCCAUCACAAGCUGAUGAAACCGGUAUAAUACACCAGCUACAAUUAAUAUUCAGUCAACUUCAGUUAAACAAUUCAGGCAUUGUUGAUCCAGGAGGUUUGAUUGAAGCAUUGCGGUUGUGUAAUACAGAACAACAAGAUGCCCCUGAAUUCCACUGUUUAUUUAUGAAUUUAUUGGAAGCACGUUUCCAGCACGUUGGUGUAUCUGUUAUUGACAAUUUGAUUAGAGGAGAAUAUAUUUAUGAAAAUAGCUGUUUGAAAUGCGGUUUCACAUCCCGGUUACCUUCAAAAUUUUUAGAACUAUCCCUGAAAGUUUCUUCGAAGUCACUUCCAGAUUGUAUACGGGAUUAUUUAAAGGAAGAACAAUUAGUUGGUGAUAAUCGAUAUGCUUGUUCACAGUGUGGUUGCAAACGAGAUGGUAUUAGAAGAGCCUAUAUAACACGUGCUCCGCCAUUGUUAUGCAUCCAGUUGCUUAGAUUCACUUACGAUUCAAACACUGGUCAACGUAAAAAGUAUAAAGCGUCUAUUCGUCUACCUGAUCUUCUUGAGUUAACAAGAGUUGUUGAAAAUCCAAAAAGUAAUAAACAUCCGAAUUGUGAGCAUUCUGUGGAAUGUUUGAGUGUAGAUUCAGAUCCAUGUUAUCGUGCAUAUCGUCUCUGCGGUGUACUUUUACAUAUUGGCAACCAACCAACAUCAGGACAUUAUAUAGCUGUUCUUAGAGAUUCUUACAAAAGAACCAAUUUAUCUGAUGAUAAAAACACAGAAUUAAGUACUGAAGAUGAUCCUCUUUUAAAAUUGGGUGAAUGUUGGAGUGUUUGCAAUGAUAUAGAUGUCUUCAAUGUACCGUCAAAUCAAUUUAAAUUGGCAAAAAUUAAUGGAUCAGCUAAAUCAUUGCAAACCUAUUUAACCACUACUGAAACAACAGAUUCAUCAAUAAACCUUACUAAAUCUGAUCAACCUUAUGAAAAGUGUUCUAAUCGUAGAGCAGCUAAAAAACGUCGUCAUGAUACUUCCUCAAAUGAUCUUAGUUUCACUGACCUCGAUGAAAGUAGAGAUUCUACAGCUCCUAAGUGUAUAUCACAGGACGAUUUAUGGCAUAGUUCAACUAAUGCGUAUAUGGUAUUUUAUGAAUCGGUGGAUAAUUGUGAUUUGGAUGAAGAUAUUGCAGUUCCUAGUGACCUACGCAAAACUAUUGAAGAAGUAAAUUUAAAUGAACAACAAAAGCUUAUAUCUGAACAACAAAAUAAAGUAAAUCAUAAAAAUCAAUUACUUGAAUUACUAUCCAACUUGAAAUUACCUGAUCCUAUCAAUUUCUCACCAAAUAAUCAUACACUGACAUCAAUAAAUCCUCUUGAUGAUGUAUCUUUGGUAUCAACAUCUUGGUUACAUGAUUGCCUUAAUAAUCCGUUGUUAUUAGAUGUCUGUUUAACUGAUGCUCAAAUAAAAUCGCUUUCAAAACUCAAAGACUACAUAUUUCCUUCUUCUUUACCAAAUCAAUCCUCUUAUGCCCUACGUACAUGUUCACAUGGCCGUGUUCCUAUUGAUCUUGCUGCAGGUUCAUACAGGGCUGUUUCUACCAAAGGUCUUAAGAAGCUUAUUGACAUUCUCUUCUCAAAAUCAUUUGACGCCAUACAAUCCGAAGAUGCUAGGUUUGAUCAAUUUCAACCAUGUCGAAAGUGUAUAACAUUAAAUAUCGCAUUAUUAAAAGUUGAAAAUGCAAUUAAAGAAUUAUCUAAAGAAUUGGAUUAUUUCAUAAAAUAUAAUCAUUUAUCUUCCUCAUAUUAUAAACGUCUUCAAAGUGAAAAGACAGACUCAAUUCCUUUAAAUCCCGAACCUGGAUAUUAUUUAAUUGGUAAGAGAUCUCUUCGUCAAUGGAAAACACUUGCACGUCAUUUCACACGAGCUUUUUACUCUGAUUACGAUGAUGAUUCUAAGUCACCGACAACUGGUCAUCAUGCGCAAACAACAUUUAAUCAUGAUAUUCUUUGUCCUCACGGUCGAAUUUAUACAGAGAAUACGUGUCAUUUACCAGCCAUACUUUGGCAUAAAUUAGUCGAUUUAUUUCCUGAUAUAAAGAUUCCUACAUUUCCUAUUUAUAUUCCUUAUGAUAAUAACAAUAAUACAUCUAUCAAUUCCAUUAGUAUAAUCAGUAAAUCAGAGUCAUCUUGUUCUGAAUGUAACGCAGUACAAAAUGAUUUGACAGAACGAGCAUUAUGUGAACGUCAAAUGCUUCCUGGUUUAUUCUUGUCAAAUGUUCAACGUAUGCGACUUUUAAACUCUACCAGUCAAACAGUAAAUACAGCUGUAAAGAUAAAAGAAGACACUUUCAACAAAUGCAAAUUUAACUUUGAAGGCGUGAACAAUUCUAAGUCAGAAAAUUUAAACGGUCAUUCUACAGAUGCGAGUAAGGAACUAAAUAAUGUAAAUACCAAUGUUCUUUACUUGAUUCCAAUGGGUUUUAUUAUACAAUGGAGAAAAUUUAUUCGAAAUCCAACAGCAGAUAAUUUACCUAGUUCGCUAUUAUCUGGUUUUAGCUCGGGUGGCGUGCUUUGUGAACAUGGUCAAGUAAUGAAAUUAAUUUUCACAACUCUAUUAUAUGGUUUUGUUUAAAUGAAAUGAAAACUACUUGAAUGAUUAUAAUAAACAUACCCAUGUACACCUUCUCACGUGUUAUUAUUAUUAUUAAGCAAACAGAUCGACAUGAAAUUGGAUCAUUUUUUACAACUAAUCUAUUUUGUGCAUAGUCUAUUGAAAAUUGAAGAAUGAGUGGUUAAAAAAUUCUGAAAUAUUGCAUCCUAGGUCAAAACGGUAUUCACGUAAUUCGGUUUUAGGCAGUCUGUUGGUACAUUUAUCCCUCACAAGUAUAGCUCAAUUGCAUAAUAUACGUUAAUAGUAAUGAUUUCUAGAACCCUAACUAAAUCUGCUUGUUAUUAGAUAUGUGCAUAAAAAGGAAAAUAUUAGAAAAUGACAUGCUUAAUUGUUGCAUAAAUUUCAAAAAUGGCUCCAUGUAAACACAGUGAUAGCGAAGAAGAAUGCAAUCAUUUAGUCAAUUCAAAUGCUUCAGUUUGGACUAAAAUGUUCAGUAGUGAUGAGCUCUUAAAUAAGCUAUUUUAAUGGUGAAAAUUUUCAACUUAAAUGUUGUGUACAUAUCAACAAAUAAAGUUUUUGAACUAAACAAUUUAAAGUUUAAGUGGCACGAGCUUCGAAGUCUUUCUAUGUUUAUGAGGAAGGAUGAUUUAUUUAUUACCAAAAGGUUUUGGGAGGUCGUUGAAAUAUCAGCAUGGAAAGUCUUCCAUCCUUGUUUUACUGCUACAGUUUCUCCUUUUAUCGGUCUUUGAAUUAACCAAAUAAAUUGUUUACUAACUGCAAAUUUAAUCAGAACUUAUUAAUUCGAUAACUCCAACCUUACCAUCACGUAAAUUAAUUUGUCAGCUGACAAGCAUGUCUCUGGAUUCAAACAAAUUCGUCAACGUUUUAUACAUAACUCUCAAACAGCUCCAAACAAUCUUCUCUUCCUCUCUUAUCAGUCAACUUUACAAAGUGUCAUGCACAAAUUUUCCUGUUGUCACUAGGUGUAUUGUAUAUCAUAAUACUUCCAUACAUUCAGACCUACUUACAUAGCUCUGGACAAAAUUUAUCGUAAACUAUAUCCAUCAGUGUCACACGUUAGCCAAACCAGCCACUACUUCACUUCGAGUUGAUGAGGAUACGAUCAGAUGUUUUAAACUUGAUAAGCUUUCCCUUUACUCUUCUACAAGUUCACUUGUCGCUGUCUACCUCGACAAUAGUAUACGAGUCGUUUUGAAAAAUGCUAACAGAACACAAACCGAGACUUAACACUAGUCCAUUUAAUUACUACUUGUCUAUAUAAACCAUGUUCGUAGAUACAAAUUACCUGCUUAGUGAUCAGUUGUUGGAGAACUCGGAUAACAUAGUUUUAAACCAGUAACGAUAUCGCAGAUAGAUCCAUUCCUUAACUUUUUCUAAAUCUUUAGAUUUGGUACUAUCAUAGAGUUUUUCUUGUCCCUUCUCGAACCAUAUUCUCAAUGUUUACUGUUUCUUACUGCUAUUCACUCCUAUAUUUAUCUUUCUGUGAUUAUUUAGUGGAACCAUAUGAGUUUAUAUGUUUUUGCACUGGGUUCUACCUUUAUUUAUUACUAACGAUACAGAGACUUUUAUCACUACCCUUGUGUGAAGAAUCACACUGGUAACGCAUUGAGUACCUAACUCUCUACCGCACAUUUAAUCAAAAGCUAAAGAAUAACAUAACUAAUGGUAUCUGUUAUUUCCUUAUGCCCUGCGAAUGUAACACGUAAUGAGAUUACCAAUUAGACACCGACUUAUACGACCAGACCAACGACGCACAAACCACUACUAGCAGCAUAGAAUUCCUAUUAGUCCUUCGAGAUAGUAGCUUCUCUCCUAACUCAGCCUGUUCAGACCAGAACGCCACUAUCAGCCUCCGCUAUGCGAAUUAUUUGUUUCAGACAUACUAGGUUUAUUUGGAAACAAACGAGACAGUGUCAUACCAUAGAAUAGAAAAUCACAAUCAUACAAGAUCAAGCCAAAAAGUGACUGAUAAACUGUUGCUAAUAAAUUCGAAAUAUCUUAAGAAUAGUAAAUCGUAUAAUAAUAGUCAGCAGGUCAAAUAAAAGCUCGUAAUAAAAGGAAUAUGAAUAUACAUGUAAUAUAGUUACUUAAUAGUUGUACAACAAGAGUAUGUAUAAUAGAUCCUAGACGUUACCAUUCACUUAUUCUUUGUCCGGAUAUAACAGUAUCAGUAAUAGGUGUUUCAACCAAAAGGAUAAAAAUUCCUUUAGUCCUCCAGUUACCUCUAUUCUGUAAUCGGUUAAAUUCAUCAUCCUACACACAUCAGAUCAAUGUAAAAUCCUCGUAUACAACUGUAUUCAUUUCAGUUGAAAUAUCGUUUUUUACUCCGCUUCAUAGUUUAAUUUAAUCAUUAUUUAGAAACCAACUUCCGGUUGUUUAUA